AUGUGGGGGUUCGGGCUCCUGCGCUCGCCGCCGCUGCUUCUCCUGCUACCGCAGCUCGGAAUCGGAGUCGCAGCGUUCAGUUCUCAGGCCGGAACCAUGAACCUGGGCGGCAGCAGCAGCCGCAGCGGCGCGCUCAGCUCCCCGUCAGCCGAGCGGUGCAGGCAGCAGUGCGUGCAGCUGUCCGCGGUGCCGGGAGCCGACCCGCAGCGAGGCAACGAGUUGGUCCUGCUGGCGGCGGCGGCGGCCGCUGGGGAGGGACCGGAACGGCGGGACCUCCCUGGGGACCUGGCGAAGGAGGAGCCGCAACCACCGCCCCAGCAUCACGUACUCUAUUUCCCCGGGGAUGUGCAGAAUUACCAUGAAAUUAUGACUCGUCAUCCUGAGAAUUAUCAGUGGGAAAACUGGAGUCUAGAAAAUGUUGCCACCAUUUUAGCCCACCGGUUCCCCAAUAGUUAUAUUUGGGUGAUAAAGUGUUCCCGAAUGCAUUUGCACAAAUUCAGCUGCUAUGACAAUUUUGUGAAAAGCAAUAUGUUUGGUGCUCCAGAACACAAUACUGACUUUGGAGCUUUUAAGCACCUUUAUACGUUAUUAGUUAAUGCUUUUAACUUAAGUCAGAAGAGUUUGCUACCAAAGAAGAAUGUGAAAGAUUUGAAUAAGGACGCCAAAGCAUCUAAUUGUAGAUCCAGUUCUUCUCAUACUACUAAUGGUUGCCGGGGAGAAAAAGAGAGGACCUGUGAAAAAUGUGAUGAGUCUGCCAUGAGUUUUUAUCCACCAUCACUAAAUGGUGCUUCUUUUACUUUGAUUGGAUUCAGUAAAGGUUGUGUUGUUUUGAAUCAGUUGCUUUUUGAAUUGAAAGAAGCCAAGAAAGACAAGAACAUUGAUGCUUUUAUCAAAAGCAUAAAAACAAUGUACUGGCUGGAUGGCGGUCAUUCUGGGGGAAGCAAUACUUGGAUUACUUAUCCAGAAAUCUUGAAAGAAUUUGCACAAACAGGGAUUAUUGUUCACACCCAUGUAACACCUUACCAAGUACAUGAUCCAAUGAGAUCUUGGAUUGGAAAGGAGCACAAGAAAUUUGUUCAGAUACUUGGAGAUUUUGGUAUGCAGGUGACUAGCCAAAUUCAUUUUGCAAACGAAGCUCCUUCCAUAGAGAAUCACUUCAGGGUUCAUGAAGUAUUUUGA